AUGGCGGCCGAACCAUGCUCCACUAACAUGUACUUGAUCAGGAAGGAAACUGAGCUCCGGUACGACCGCAUAAUCAAGGCACUAUGGAAAAAGCUGGAAGCUCUCCUGUGGUCCCCGCAAGUGGAAGCCUCACCUGGCGGUAUGCUGCUUAGGCCAAAACGAGGGGGCAAAGAGAUGGAUGGGACACCCCUCACUCUCAAAAUGGCCACUCAUAAGAAAGGGCCCGGCCCAACUGCACCCAAACGGAGCAAAGCUGCAACCAGACUCAGACUGCACGAAGCCCACAAAGCUAAGGGGACCCCCAAGGCUCCACACCAACGGCAACCUCGCCGAAAAGCUGCGGUCCAACACGGACUCAAGAGGAGCAAAGCUCGCCCAGACGGACCGAGGGGAGGGAGGACGGUCAAGCCUACACUAGCAGAAACAGCUACACUGCCUCACCGACUUGCACAAACCACUGCCGGGACCUCAAGACACUCACCAGGCGAACCUGUGACCCUCACCACCACUCCACUCCUCCAGCGCGGGGCGCAGGCUUGCACUCUGCCCACACGAGGCAUGGGCUGA